AUGGACGGCGAGACCUGCGCCCUGGGCGAGACCUCUGCCUCUGCACCUGCGCCUACCAAGGCAGCAUGUCGCUCAUGGAGCAUCCUCAUGUCGCUCAAGGCGCUGCUGGGAUUCCUGAGCUACAUUCUCUCUUCGAUAUGGCAGCUAUUCUGGAGGCUGUAUGUGAAUCACAAGAGGAGGGUGGUCCUGGGAGACUGGACGGAGCUCGAGUUCUCGCCGGAAGAGGUCCAGCGCGAUCGCCAGGCAGUGCUCAGCGCCGUGCGGCAGAGCUGGAGAGCCCUGGAAUUCGCCUCGGAAGAGCUCCAGGCAGACCGCGAAAUUGUCGAGGAGGCUCUCCGACAAGACUGGCACGCGCUGCGCCACGUGUCGAAGUGCCUCCGAGCAGAUCGGACUCUCAUGGCCGCGGCGGUGCAGAAGUCUAAUGGAUGGGCCUUGGAGUUCGCCGCAGAGGAGCUCUACCGCGAUCCUGGGCUCCUCCAAGAUGCGACCAACAGGCUCGGGGGACGGCUUGGGCUGCCACUGUCCCCCGUUGCGGCCCUGGUCCCUGUGGAUGCCGCAGGACGGGUGAUCCUGGCUUCGGGAAUGGACGCCUCUGCAAUCUUUGGGAAUGCUCGGAUCCGGGCUGAAGAGCCCCAGGACCUGGCCGUCCAAGAAGAAAUCGGUGCCCUGAGCGAGUCCGUUGACACAUCGCGGGAAGAGCCAUCUGCCCUUGAGGAGCCGCACGAAGCUUCAGCCGGGGAGCUCUACGACCCAUCGGAGGAAGCUCCCGUUGAAGCGAAGAAGCCAACAGAUGGGCACGAGGCUGCCGACUUAACUGUAGAGUCUUCUGGUGAGGAGCUGUCGCGGUCAAACGAGACUGACCAGGAGGCGCCGGUCGACGGCACUUCCCGGAGCUUUGUCGAAGCUUCGCCUGUCUCCGUCCAGGAGGAGCCUGCCGAAACCUUGAUUGCGCGGGUGGCCACCGCUGGCCCGUUGCGAGUUCGACCGGGGGGCACCACCCUGGAACUGACAAGUGCGGCCGAGAAAGAGCUUCCUGAGAAGUUGACAGAGCUUGAUCUCCUCGAUGCUUUGCAGGAUGAUCCUUUCCACGCUACGCAUGCCGCUGCACAGGCAGAGCUGGCUGAAAACACAGAGCGAGCGGAGCCCAGGAACACUCUGCCGGAAGAGCUUCGAGCAGAAGGGACCGCAGCAAGUCUUGACCCAGAUUGA